UAAAUUUCUUCUAAUUAAAAUACUGUAUAGACGUAUUAAUUACUGUACGAAACUCUAACCAAUAGAGUGAGGGAGCUAGCAGAAAGAAGUCUUCCUCAUUGGAAGAAAGGUUUCCAAUAUUUACACAUGCAUACAUAUUUCUUGUGUAUCUAUAAAAAUACGGUCACUGAACUUACAAGCCUUAAUAUUUAGAUAUCGAUUAAAAACAAUUUUAAUUUCAUGGUAUCUAUUAGACGAAUAAACGCUAAAUUAAUCAGGGAAAAUCAUAUUGUAAAAGCUGCCUAUUAAAUAGCUGUUUCAAUUUCGUUCUAUUUGAAAUACUACUCCUGUUUAAAAGGCAAUACUUCACGUGUGGAUGCUCGAAGAUCGCAUGCACUAAUAGACGUGCCACGAGCACUACUUUUCAGUGCUGCAUAUUUUUUCUCAAUAAUUUUUUAUCGUACGUCAAAGUAAAAGGAGAAAAUUAGUUUUCUUCGUUACGAAGUACUGAGCCCCGGAUCAUCAAGGUGGCAAGAAAAAGUCGCUUUUAAAUACAUUCAUUCUCGGACAGGUUGGGUAUAUGUCGGAGUAAUCUCGAAGAAGAGAAAGUUCGUCCUUAAUAAUAGGCUACAAAAAAAUAAAGAAUCGAAAAUCGUGCAGUUAAAUGAAGAUGUCAGCCUUCUGUUACAAGGAACAUCGCAUAUAAAUUUUAUUUUUUAUUUUAUAUAUAUUUAUUAUAUACGAUACCAAUAAUAUUUAAGUGACUGAAGCUUUAGAAGAAUGGCCCGUGGACAACAAAAGAUUCAGUCUCAAGCUAAAGCAGCAGAAAAAGCUGCGAAAGUAAAGAAACAACAAGGACACAGUGCCAACGAUCAAAAAAAAGCUGCACAGAAAGCUUUAGUACACGUAUGCGUAGUUUGUAAGGCCCAAAUGCCAGAUCCAAAGACUUAUAAGCAACAUUUUGAGAACAAACAUCCCAAGAAUGAGUUGCCAGAGGACUUAAAAAAUAUAUGAGGGUGCGAUUUUUUGUACGAUUAUGGAGCUGGAAUGGAGGAGAAAAGAAUUUACUAUAAAUGACAAAGUGAUAUACUUCAAUGUUCAACGGAUCAUUACAUAGUCUUAAAACAGGAAAUAAAUGAAACUUUGUUAGCGUUUAAAGCGAACUGUUGCACGGUUAAUGAAUGAAUUUUUGUGCACUGUCCCAAAUUAUUAUAACAUUAUCGAUGGCUCGCUUAUCGAAUCAAAUCUCCAUUUUUUCCAAAGAUAUUCAGCAUUCUUCGUCUAAUAAUAUGAUUCUUAAGUUUUCACUUAAGCAUAAAAGCAAUUUAAAGAUGUAUAUUGCUAAGAAAUAAAGAUAAUGAAUUUAGCAGAAUUGUUGCAAGUAUUUGUACGUAUUUUAAUGUUGUAGGCAGUAAAAUGGUACUCGUUUUUAUCCGAUUAGAAAAUCACAUUAAUUCAAUGUAGGUAGUCACGCGAUUCUCGAGAGUUUAAUAAUUGCAAGUAACGAUGGAAAUGAUAUCUUACAAGAAUUAAGAAACUGCCAUUUUAUAGUAUCUGCCAUUUACUUAUUAAUGAUAUUCUAUGAUUAGAAUGCUGUAUGACGCGGUGGUCUAUAAAUAUUUGAUCAUUAUUUUCGUUUGUAUUCGAGCCUAAUUUUUAUUAAAUUUACAGUAUUCGCUAUUUUGAAAUACGUUAUAUUAAUAUGGAAAUUAAUAGAUGUUUUUAAGAAAACUGCGUUUUAGUUUUCAGUACUUAAACCCUUCUUUUAUACUGAGAAUAGUCGAUUCGGUUUUGCCUAAUCACAAGAAGUGUUACGCUACGUUGUACAAUUAUCUUUGUUAAGGAAAAUAUCAAAGUAUUAAAUAUAAUCAGUAUUUAUUAGAGAAUCUGUUAUUCUCAGUAACUAAUACAUCGUAUUUUAAAAUAUGCUUCGCCAAACGCAUAGAGCUACAUCGUGAACAUACGUUAACGGUGUUCUGUACGGACAUGAUUUAUAGGAAUUCCUAGUAUGUGUUUAAUUUAGGAAUAAGUAUGCGCAUUAUGUAAUUUAUUCUGAUAAAAUAAUUAUACAAUUUU